AUGGAACAUAUAGGAGGGCAUCUCCACCAAACUCAUGUUGACACCAUUAGUUUCGGGAUCGACCAGAUACUCAACAAUGCGGAUCAGGGGAGUUGCAUGAUCUCCAACCCGAGGAUGCAGGACCUGGACUACGGAUUGGGAAGUAUCGUCAGCACCGCUUACAACACCAUGACCGGCAACUACAACGGCAACAACACUGGUGGAUACAACGGCAACGCAGCUUGCAGCAUGGGCUCGCUGAACAGCACUUAUAACAUGAACAUGGGCAUGAGCGUCAACGGGAAUGGUCUUAAUUCGUCGGGGGUUAUCCGUGUGCCCGCGCACCGACCGCUUAGCAGCAUGCACUCUUCAAUAACCACCAGCGGAGCUUCGGUGCCAAGUAUGGCAAACAUGGCUACCAUUAACAACCUCACGGGAUUAACGUUUCCCUGGAUGGAGAGCAAUAGAAGAUAUACCAAAGACAGAUUUACUACAGGUCACCCGUACCAGAAUCGGACUCCGCCGAAGAAGAAAAAGCCCAGAACGUCCUUCACUCGACUGCAGAUCUGCGAGCUAGAGAAGCGCUUUCACCGACAGAAGUACUUGGCUUCCGCGGAGAGAGCAGCCCUGGCCAAGGCACUCAAAAUGACUGAUGCACAAGUCAAAACAUGGUUCCAGAACAGAAGAACAAAAUGGAGGCGGCAGACAGCGGAGGAGAGGGAGGCUGAACGGCAGCAGGCGAACCGAAUUCUAAUGCAGCUCCAACAAGAAGCCUUCCAAAAGACUAUAAACCAGCCGGCCACCCCGGACCCUAUCUGCCUACACAACAGCUCCCUAUUUGCACUUCAGAACCUCCAGCCUUGGACUGAGAACACUGCUAAAAUGAGCAGCGUAUCAACCUGCGAAUAA